AUGGACGCCUAUCUAUCUAUCUAUCUAUCUAUCUAUCUAUCUAUCUAUCUAUCUCUCAGUUCAUAUCUAUCUAAGUCUGUUCAUAUCUAUCUCAGUUCAUAUAUAUCUCAGUCUAUUCACAUCUAUCUAUCUAUCUAUCUAUCUAUCUAUCUCAGUCAGUUCAUAUCUAUCUAUCUAUCUAUCUCUCAGUUCGUAUCUAUCUGUCUUCUAUCUAUCUAUCUAUCUAUCUAUCUAUCUAUCUCAGUCAGUUCAUAUCUAUCUAUCUAUCUAUCUAUCUAUCUAUCUAUCUAUCUCUCAGUUCAUAUCUAUCUAAGUCUGUUCAUAUCUAUCUCAGUUCAUAUAUAUCUCAGUCUAUUCACAUCUAUCUAUCUAUCUAUCUAUCUAUCUAUCUAUCUAUCUAUCUCAGUCAGUUCAUAUCUAUCUAUCUAUCUAUCUCUCAGUUCAUAUCUAUCUGUCUGUUCAUAUCUAUCUCAGUUCAUAUAUAUCUCAGUCUAUCUAUCUAUCUAUCUAUUCAUCUAUCUAUCUCAGAUCAGUUCAUAUCAUCUAUCUAUUCAUCUAUCUAUCUAUCUAUCUAUCUCAGUCUAUUCACACAUCUAUCUAUCUAUCUAUCUAUCUAUCUAUCUAUCUAUCUCAUUCUGUUCAAAUCUUUCUAUGUAUCUCAUUCUGUUCCUAUCUAUCUAUCUAUCUAUCUAUCUAUCUAUCUAUCUAUCUAUCUAUCUAUCUAUCUCAAUCUGCUUAUGUCUAUUUAAAUCAGUAUAA